GUCGGCUCGAUUCCGAAAGUCGGUUCCCAGUUUGAAGUUUGAACGGGACGACCGGUGUAACGUGCGCGGCGGUUUCGACGAUGGAGACUCGCGACCGCAUGUGAGGAACCCGUGAUCGGACGAGACUGAGCGCACCUGCGAAGCAUGGUCUGAGGACGACGGUCAGUGGCCCUUCGCGACGAUGAAGCACCGUCCGGCCUGGGCGUCGGCAGUCCUGCUAUGCUGGCUCAUGCACGGCUUUUCUCUCGGCGGCGGCCGUCCCGUCGAGAUCAGAGACAGGCUGGUGUUCGACUUAUCGGGCAGCCCGCAUCAAGUGAAUCGCGACAUCAUCGUCGAAGACUCCGGUGAACUGGUCAUCCAGCCCGGCGUCGAACUGCGCUUCGCACCAGGUGUGGGCAUCGUCGUCAAUGGAGUACUCAAAGCGCAGGGAACGGCGGAUAGGCCGGUGACGAUGACCGUGAUCAACGAGAACGAGCCUCGACGGGAGCCUCACAGCGUCGUGCACCGCGACACGGGUGUCGAGUGGCCCUCGGUGCGGCUCACCGACGGACCCGGGCCUCUACGCGGCCGCCUGCAGCUGCGCCAUGGCGCCCACUGGUGGUCCGUCUGUACCCGAUCCAAAAACUGGACCAAUGAAGAUGUACGGGUUGUGUGCCGACACCUGGGGUUUUCGGGUGGCUUACUCCAAGGUUGGCUGCCACGGCACAACGAUUCACGGCAGCUUAUGUUUGCAAGCCCAAACUGUAUUGGAAAUGAGCAGAAGCUUGACCAGUGUCCUGGAUGGGUACGCAGGCAGUUAGGCAGUGGAAUAUGUGAUUUCCAGUUGGACAUUGAGGUUACUUGUGAGCCAAAGCUUCAGGAACAAGCCACAAGCUACUGGCGUGGCCUUCAUUUUGAGUUGGCCAAAACUGCACCACAAGUCAAACAGAUCUCUCCUAAUGUGUGGAUCAAUUUGGAAGUGUCUCAGUCCAUUCUUGAACAUGUGAUCAUGAAGUUUGGAGGUCGCCAACAGGAUGGGAAUGCAACAGCAGCUAUUCAAGUCUAUGGUACCCCACCUGUGAUGAAAAACUUGGAUGUUCGCUUGUCAGCCUACCAUGGCAUAAAUGUCACCAUGCCAAACCAGCCAUUUGAGAUUCAGCACAGCGUCUUUAGUGAAAAUAGAGGUUAUGGCAUCUUUGUGAACACAAGCAAGGGAGGAGUCAGCUUGUCUGGAGUGAAAGUGAUGAAAAAUGGUGCUGAUGGAAUUGUUUAUACACGGCAUGAAACCAAAAUAGGGAGCAAAAUGAGUUUUUGUCAAUCUUCAUCCGUGAUCAACAUUCGCUACCCAGCAGUUUUUGUCUAUCAGUUGGAUGAGAAGAACUACAAGUCAGAGUGUAAAAGGGAACUAAAGGCCAGGCAUCCAAAUUUGGUGAUGACACUUCAUUUUAAAAACAUGGAGAGAUAUGAUGGUCGAACGAAGCUUGAAGGAGGCUCAGUGACUGUAUGGAAUGGAGACCAGAAGCUGGAUGAACAUAUCUUAGCACGAUUUAACAUCGACAAUACAACUGUGCCACAAAGUGUGUCUUCAGAGAAAGGCGGCUCUCUCACAGUCGAGUUCCAGCCACCAAAGUAUAUAUACUCUCACCUGAAUGACAUUUUUCCUCAACUGCAGUUCUCCAUGGAAGUAGUGCUUGAUGUUGGAAAAGACUAUGACCUUAAUAUGACUGGCUGCCACAUCAGUAGCAACAAUGGGCGAGGCAUUUGGCUCCGAGACGCAGUGGCAGGUGCUAGUAUUGUGGAGACAGAGAUUCAGGACAAUUCACAUGUUGCUGGUAUUCACAUAGAUGGAGGCGUUGGAGAUCUUGUCGUCAACAGAAGUGAUAUCAGUGGAAACCAAGGUGACGGUAUUAACGUUACUUAUGCUGGUGGCUACAAGCAUAUUCAGCAGUCUUUCAUCCAUGGGAACUCAAGAAGGGGCAUUGCCCUGUGGUUCAAUGAGACAUCACAUUGGAUGCCUUUCAAUUUCACCACCCAUGUUUCAUUCUCAAACAUUUCAUCGAAUGGAGACAUUGGAGUCUUAUUUGGCAACGUGUGCAGAGCUGAUGCUUUCUGGAACGUCAGUAUGAACACUUUUGGAGCAAAUGGUGGUGCUGCUCUUGUUUAUCAGUCAUGCUGGAUGAAAAACCAUGUAAAUGGUGCAGGUGAAGGUGAUAUCUUGCACAUCACACACAAUAGAUUUGGAGGUGCAGCAGAGUUUGGAGGCUCACACAAGUUGUCAAUUCAGAUGACACCAGCGUUGAACGUCAACGCUUCUAUCAGGCACAACACUUUCAUGAAUCACACAUCUGGAGUAAUUUGGAUUGAAAACAAGGAUCAUGGAGAAUACUUGGAACAUCAUGCAGACAAGGUUGCUAAAAUUCAGAUUACUGAAAAUGAUUUCAAGCUCAAUUCUGGAACAUUCGUUGCACGAAUUGGAGUUGUGCAUGGCAGCAGCAUGCAGAUGCUCAGUUUUGAUCACAACAGGUUAGAGCAAAACAGUAUUCAGCAGCAUUUUCCACGUCUAAAUCCAAGGUCAAGAGUUGCAGCUGUUGUUGUGGUGACUUCAAACAACACCAUCAUCAAGAGGAACAGAUUUGUCAACCCCGCAUCAGACUAUGAGCUGGGUUCACACCUUGAUGACCACGGCAGUAUUAUUAAUGCAUCUCUGAACUACUGGGGACCGGAUGCUGCAACUUCUGUGCAAAUCUACAACAGAAUUUUUGACCGCAAAGAUCGUUACAACUUGGCAACGGUGCAAUUUUUGCAGUAUUUGUUAAAUGGUCAUGAUCUUGAUACAGAGGAGUUAAUUUCAUCUGAAUAUGAGCGAGACAAGACAAUGCAGUUCAGAUUGAAUUCGGAAAUCGGAGGAGAAGUAAUGGGUGUCGUUGCCCUUGAGAGGGGUCGCUACACAGUGAAAAAAGAUAUUUUUGUACGACGUGGGUCAAAGCUACUCGUAAAGCCAGGAACGACACUGCACUUUGAACAGUCAAUUGGUAUGAUGGUCCAAGGAGAACUUGAGAGUGAUGGUACUAAUGAGCAAAUUGUGUACACUGGAAUGCCUGUUCCCGUUGCAACUGAGGAAGAAGAACUGGAAGCUGCUCCAAUGGAUGUUACAAGUCUGAGACUUUCAGCUGUCACUGAGGGCACCAUAGAGGUGACAGUCAAUGGUACAACAGGUGGGGUUUGUGCAUAUGGCUUCACUAUUGAAGCUGCAGCACUUGUCUGCCAGCAACUUGGGAUGGUUCUAAGCCCACAUGACUGGCUCAUGGAGCCAGCCUCUCAAGCAUCAAGCGGUGGAACCAGAGACAUACUCCUAAGUAAUGUGCAUUGCAGUGAAAUGGACACCAAUUUUCUUGCUUGCAAACAUGAAGUUGUUGGAAGAGACUUUGAAAACUCUUGUUUCUCUGAAGUGGGCAUACGCUGUGUCAGGCCAUCAUGGGCUGGCAUCCGCCUGGGUGUUCAUGCAAGGUCAAGCACUCUCAAGAAUGUCAUCAUUGAAAAAGCGGGACAGCUUGACUAUGCCACUCAUGCCUUUAAGCCUGCAUUGCAGGUUGACUUCAAUAACCACAUCUUGGAAUAUCUAAAUGUGAGGGAAAACACAGACUCCGGAAUAGGUUUAAUGUGGAACGACAUAUUCAGAGACAUCCAGAAUCCAGUGGUCAGACAUUCAGAACUCCAUAACAACAAUCGUCAUGGGAUAAUAACAAGAUCUCAAGGUGUGGAUAUAGCAGACAACACGAUUCAAGGAAAUCAAGGCGGUGGCAUAUGGUAUGACCCUGUUUUCACAAGACAAGAACAGAGAGAUAUGGUGCGUUGGGUUGAAGAUGCAGUCAUAGUCAUUUCAGAAAACAUUAGGCUGACCCCUGAUGAGAGGCAUUAUAUACGAAUAGCUGGAACUGCUCCUAAUACAAUUAGGGAAUUUCAAGUGUCUUGUGAAGAUAAGCGUGCUAUUGGCAUUAUGGUAGUGGAACCCUUUCGAGAAGACUCUACAGAAACUCUCCUGAUUAGAAGGGGCAGAGAUUUUGAAGACACAUCAGCUCCCAUCUGGGAUGUCAGAAAAAACUUGACAUCAUUCCCUUUGAGAGAAACUGGCUUUAUUGUUACACUGAGAUAUGAGACAGGAUCAGCACCAAGAGGAGGAGCUGUGCUGAUGAUGACAGCAGUUCAGCCUCUAGGUGCUCGUCGAAGGACAUGCAUAGGCUUUUACUGCAAGGAAGGUCAAGCCCAAUGGCUGGAGUACAAGCUCAGCCUGAAUAUUGAAAGGAACACCAUUACAAGUUGUGGCUACGGUUUUGGAAGCAACCAUUACAAUAGAGACAUUGGCCCAGACGAAGCAUUCUACUACCAUCGCUACAGCAAUGAAACCAUUCAUCUGAUGAGGAAUACCAUAACAGAUUCUCAACGAUAUGCUAUCUUCGUUUCGUCACCAUUAUGGGAUCCUCUCACUUCUUCAUUGGCAGAGAUAGUCUACAAUCUAACAGGAAAUCGAAUCUCCAACAACCGAGGUGGAAUAAGCCACUACAGUAGAGAUCUCAGAAGCUCAAACAACCUUUUUCAUUGGAUCAUCAACAAGACAGAAUUUAAUAACAACCACGGUGGCAUUGACUUGCGACUGCCAUAUGUCUGGGACUACAAUGAGAACUAUACUCACAGCGUGGUACUUACUAAUUCAACACUCAAGAACAACAGGAACUUUAAGCUCCGUAUAGAUGGGCACUUUGCUCGCUUCAAUGCUACUUGGAACACAGUUGAAAACAAUGAAUGCAGUCCUGCGGAAGGAGUCUUUACCAUUGCUGGCAUGGAGAAAGAAAUGCUCAUCAGAGAGAACCUAUUUCUCAACAACAUGGGAAAGUAUGUCGUCGAAUUCAACCUAGAGAGCCAUUCUGAACGCUUCAGUGUUGUUGCUGCAAACUUCUACUACAACAUUCUUGAAAACAACCGCCCAGAUGCAAGCAGUGGUAUGACGUCAGACCAUUACGAGCCCAGCAGCUACGCUGUCAGCAUUCGAGGGGUACAGCGCAUUAACAUCACUCAAAAUCUUCUGGUCAAUCCAGUUCAUGAGUUUGAAUUUCUUGCUGGUGUGUUCACAAGUUCACUAAACAAUGCAGUGAAUGUUGCAGAAAACUGGUGGGGCUCAUUGAAUGCUUCUGAUAUCAAGUCCAGAGUUUUUGACCUUGACGACUGGAAUGGCUAUGCAGCAGCAGAUUUUUCACCAUACCUGGCUCGAGCAGAGUUUAAUGGGCCCUUACUUUCUUAUGAUGAGGUGCAUGAAUGGAACUACAGAAUGGAUACAUCAAGGCCACUUGGUGGACGGCUCCUCAGGUCUUUAACAUUGUAUCAGAAAAACUCUCCAUAUAUUGUCAAAAGUGACCUUACUAUUCUUCCUAAUGCAACAUUGACCAUUCUAGAAGGCGUGGAGCUUCAGUUCUAUCCUAGCGUUGGUAUCCUUGUCCUUGGCGACCUUAAUGCUGUCGGAAGACCUUGGUCUCCAAUAAGAAUGGGCCCAUUCAAGCAGCUGCAGCCCAGUUAUCGCUACAAACGAACAUUACCAAGAAGAUCUGUCAGACUUUGCAUUGACCAGGCAUGCAGUACAAACAGAAGAGAUGGCUUUCUUGAGUUUUUUAACUCAACGACACUGCAGUGGGUGCCCGUUUGUGAUCAGCGAUUCACUGAGCGCAAUGCAGAAGUUGUUUGUCGUGAGCUUGGUUUUGGAAUACUUGAUGUGUGGACUGACAGAGGGUACCGGCACGAGCUUGGCCCAACGGAACUAUCCAUCAUUAACUCGUGGCCGCAUCCACUGCAGUGCAGUGGCCGUGAGUCUUCUUUCUCGAGCUGUGAAUUACGCCUGAAUGGUUAUGGUGAGCACAGUUAUGCCUGCUCACCAUAUGACCGCCAGUUCGUGUACAUCCACUGUGGUGAGGAACUGACAACUCCAGAAGAAGACUUCUGGGGCGGAAUUCGAUUUUCUGUGCCAGAUUACAAAGCCCCAGUUGGCAUAGGUGGUGGAGUAUAUGCAAGCAGUCGAUACUACACUCCUCCAACUUCGUCUCUCCGCCAUGUUCACAUCCGCAAGGCGGGAAUACUGCACAAUGAAAAGGGACCAGCUGUGCAAGUUGUCCUGAGGGAUGUAACUUUGGAGCAUUUGAAUAUUUCCGAAUGCGCUUCAAAUGGCAUCGACAUCAUUGCAUCCCCAGGGUAUCAGUACAUACAUGCAGUAAAUAUAACACACAAUCGUGGGACUGGCGUAAAUUUUGUCACCCUUAAUGGUCAGACAUCAACAGCAGACAGACUAAAUUACGUUCCACUGGGACCUGUUGACAUUCCCUACAAUAUCUUUGGGCUUGUUGACAUCUGCGACAACAAUAAAGCAUUCCCUGUUGGUGGAAAAGUGUUGCUCUACUACAAAUACGACAAUCGUCCAGUAGAAUGCAUCAAAAUCUUUACUAGCAAGUCUCGGCUGUCGCAGAAGGUUGGCUUCAGGAUACUGCAGUUCAACCUCUUCAACUCGACAGAAUUCACUCCUCAUCCAGACAGCAUCAGCAUUUUUGAUGGUGAUGUCUUCAACAGCACAGUGAAAAGGAUUGGGCAUAUAAGUGUUGGAGUGGAAUCACAGGACAAUAUGGCCCAGACGACUUUCUACAGAUCACAAGGAACCACACUUAGUGUCAAACUGCAUGCAACUGGAGCAAGUGGUCUCAAUGGGUUCAUUGCUGAAGUGGUGACCAUUCCACUGCAAACAAUAACAGCUCGUGACAGCAAGCACAACAUUACUGCAUCAUACUUUUACAAGAACCGACGUGGAGCAGUUGCAUACCGCAGUGCAGGUGAAAUAACACCCAUCCUGACACUUCAUGGCAACCGAUUUGAAGACAACGGUGAUGCUUUGUUUGGAAACUUCAGCUCUUCAGAGGCUGCUGUCUUUUUCGACAUUCAGAACUCUAUGGAAAUGCACAUACUAAGAAACCUUUUCAUGCAUAAUCAGGGUGGCCUGAGAAUAUCUGUGAGCUCUACCAAUUCAGUAUCAGCAUUAAAAGGGUAUGUCCACAACAACCUUUUCACCCAAAAUAAGAACAGAGAAAGCCUCUAUGUUCGCAGUGGAGAGACUGGGAUGUACCAGUACCUGCAUGUGUAUCGCAACUACUUUGCUAGAGAAAGUGCUGCCUUCAGGGACAAUGUUGUGUUGGAGAAAGUGACAUUCAACUUCAGUGAAAAUAUGAUUGUGGAAAGUGAAGGAUACCGGCAGAUGAGUGUCCUCGGCUUUGAGAAGACACAGUCUUCAGGACAGUUAGUGUACCAUAACUGGCUGUGGGAUAAUGAAGCCUCUGCAAAAGAACUCAAGGCAACCGUGCUGGCUGAGAGCUCUGGACAAAAGUUCAGCAAGAAUUACUUCUUGAACAGACUGAACUACUUCGAAAUUGUCACAGCAAACAAUACAGAGCAAGAAAAUAGCAGUUUUGUUGAUGCUGAAAACAACUGGUGGGGAUUCAAAGACACAUCUGCAGUGGUAGGAAGGAUUUACGACAGAAGUGACCAGCCAGAACUCUUGGAGGUUCGAUUUCAGCCACACUUAGAAUACAACGACACUGUGAUCAGCGGAAACUGCAUGGGUGGCUGGGAGAUGAUAGAAGACACCUGCUUCUUGUAUAUACCAGGACCAAUGACUCAUGAUGAAGCCAAGAGAUUUUGUCAGCUGGAUGCUUCAUCAAUGCCUUACCUGAAGCAGAAAUUGACAAAGCUGAUGCAAUACAUCAGCAUUUGGCAAGAAGGUUUUGACUGGUUUUAUGAACGCAUCUGGGUGCAGUCGCUAGACAUUCCUUUGGACCAGUGUGCUGUACUAUACCGAGGAAGUGUGUGGGCUCAUGACUGCAAUGACAGACUUCCGUUUCUUUGUGAAAGAGCACAAGAAAUCGUGGUGCGGAGUGACUACUGGUACCAGGAGCCUGUUUCCAUCACUGCCAUGUCACUGCUGGGAGUACUGCUCAUUUGUGUCUGCAUAAUCCUUGGUUUUUGGUGGUGCAAGUCACAAGAACGUCACAAACAACAUCUUCAGCGACAGAACUCCAUACGAGCUUCAAUUCGCUCGGCAUCCAACCGCUCACUUGACCGGGAUGCCUUUUUUUCUGACUAUAAACAUCGUAUUGAGCGGGCCCUUGCUGACACUCCGACCAGCACACCACCUCGACUUACUGUGCAUCCAUCUAAACACAAUGGAAGCACAGACUCUGUUGCUAAACAGUAUACUUAUGACCUGGAUGAUAGCCGCAGCUAUGAUGAUACAGUGCAUGAAGUUCGCAACCCUGCCUUGGACUACAGCAGUGACAUUGAAGAAAAGUACCCUACAACUGUGCCAGAAGCAAGGAAAGGUGCAACAGACUUACAGCACCCUACAUUUGACCUUACCUACGAAAACCGUGGGUACAUGGACCGGUCUGUUGGUGGUUAUGAUGACUCGCUAGAUGCAUCCCGAGACUGGAGUUCAGGAACAGAUUCAACACUAGACAUGAAAAGAUCACUGGAAACUCCACAGGUUGUUCCUAUGGACCCAUCUGACAACACAUUCAAAAGGCCAGAUCAAUACCCCCCAUCCCACUAUGCAAACACCGAUAACUACUACAGGCGACAACCUCUGGAAACAGCUAUGUAGCUUUCUUCUUCAAGAGAAAGGUGUGUGUGUGUGUGUGUGCCAGCAUUAUGCCAUGAGGCAUGGGGCAAUCCAAAGAACUUGAAAGCUUUCAUUGUGGCUUGGCUGUGUUGUUCUGUUAUGGCAAGGCCACCGACACCUGGUGUUCCAGCCAGACUGACUUGUGGUGCCGGUGAUACCUAUGCUACAUGACUGUGGCAGCCCGUGUUGCUGCUGGUCCAGUGACAUCCACAAAUCAAAACUGCUGCAGUGUUGAUCUCAAAAUAGAGGCCAUACAACCAUUAAAAAAAAAGAAAAACUUUAAAGAGCACUGUGAGACUGGUGCUCAUUCCAUGGUGGUGUAUUUUUGAUACCAUACUGUACACACAACUUCUGCUAGAUUGUAAAAAAAAAUGUAAUAGCUUAAACCAUUCCUUCUCUUGUAUGAGAGAACUUUUGUGUGAUUGUUUUUUUCAUGGUGUGUGAAUUUUAGCCAAAAGGGAUAGGUAAAAUAUGUCUCUCAAUGAGUAAUACAUAUUUGAGGAAAUGGUGGCAAUAUUUGUUGCACCUUUCGAGGAAAUAUGCCAGUGUUCCCACUUAAAGUCCUUUUACUCUGUGCAACUCAGCUGAAGGUGCUAUAACGAGAGUGCUCCACUUGUGUUUACAGGUAGCCUUAUGUCUAUAUUCACAAGUGCGGUGACUUGACACUCCUCCUACAUGCAGUGAGCUGUGCUGCUCUAUGGCAGUAGUAGUGAUGUGCUUCAGUAACACAAUUCUGGACAAAUGCUGAGCUAUAAUUUCUCAAUCAAGCCAUUUCAAGUGUCCACUCAUAGCCAAGGAAGCAUAAGGUUAUCAGCAACUCCAUGACAGAGUAUGCAGAGAAAUGUUGAAGCACAGUGUUCACUUGAGGAUUGGCGUUGUGUUCUACUUGCCUGAGUUGAGGAAGAGCAUUGGUUAAAGGAACAUUAGUGAAUACGAGUGUUAGUGCGCUUUAGUGCCUGCUUGCCCUCUUUCAGUGCCUGAUGCACAAAGAAAGCCAAGUGCCUUAUCACAUCCGUCCACAGAGCUGUUGGUUGACCAUUCAGUAAUUGAAGGCCCUGUUCAACUCUUAAGCAUUUUGCUCACAAAUUAAGCCUUGUUAAUGUUUCAGCUGCUGCUGGAGGUUUUCUUCACUAUGCACACAAGUUUGUUUAUAAAUAUUGUGCAAUCUUGUGCAUGGCAUUACCAUCAUCAGCAGCUGUAGUCCCAUUUUGUGCUCAUGUUAUUGUGUAGUGCACAAAACAAGUGUGAAUGUUGUAUAUUGUAAAAAUCGCUUUUUUUUUUAAGUUUGUACUUGCGGAUAACUGCCUACCUAGUCAGUAUUCAUGCCAAUAGCAUUAUUUCUGCACUUGUGUCCCAAAGUGUCCUCAAGUCUGUUGACGACCUUUGGGUGCUUUCAUUGUACAUGCCAUGUACACUACCAUAUAUGCAGCAACGUGGAAGUAGUUAUUCUUGGACCAUAGAUACUAUCCAGCUACAUAAGCACAUAGCAUAACUUUCCUGUGCCAAGAAAGAAAGAUACUUUGUGCAGUCCUCUGUGUUUUAGGAUGUGAAUUCAUUUAGACAGCUCCAGGUGAAUAACUCAUUCUGGUAUCACUGUCAGAAUAAAAUCUACUUUUGCACAUUG